CGCUCAACCGCCGGUGGCGCUGGUUACAUACCAACGACUGGCUGACCGCUGCGCUCUUAGCCUGAGGGCCGGAACUCCUCCUCUCGCUAAUACCGGCGUUUCGGCUGACCCUCGGCCAAUCUCUCCCUUCUCUCGAAGCCGCCGAGCCUUGCGGAGAUGGAGCCCAUGGCCUCCCCGCUCGCUGCCCGCCCCUCCGCCUUGCUCCGCCGCCGGCCCAUCCCCGCCCUUUCCCGCCGCCGCCUCAUCUCUGCCACCCCCCUCCGCCCUCCUCCUCAGCCCUCCGCGGCGUACCCUCCCUCCAUCCGCCACCGCCGCCGUCGCCGCCCGAAACCCUCACUUUUCCCCGCCCGCUCCUCCUCGUCCCAAUCCGAUUCUCCAAAUCCCGCCUCCUCUCCUCUUCCGCUGCCGCCUCCGCGUGAGGGCGCGAAGCUUAUCCCCCUGGCAAUCUCCCUCGCCGUCGGUCUAGCCAUCUGGUUCCUCGUCCCCACACCCGCCGAGGUCACCCCGCAAGCGUGGCAGCUCCUCGCCAUCUUCCUGUCCACCAUCACCGGUUUCAUUCUCGGCCCGCUCCCAAUCGCGGCUUGGGCCUUCCUGGGCCUUACCGCCUCUGUCGCCACCAAGACCCUUACCUUCUCCGCAGCAUUCGAUGCGUUCGAGAACGAGGUGAUCUGGUUAAUCGUGAUAUCCUUCUUUUUCGCCAGGGGCUUCGUGAAGACUGGGCUCGGGGAUAGGAUUGCCACCUUCUUCGUGAAGUGGCUCGGGAAGAGCACACUGGGGCUUUCGUAUGGGCUCACCUUCAGUGAGGCUUUUAUCGCCCCUGCAAUGCCCAGCACCACCGCAAGGGCCGGUGGGGUGUUCUUGCCAAUCAUCCAAUCGCUGUCUCUCUCCGCCGGGAGUGAGCCAGGAGAUCGGUCGGCCGGUAGACUUGGAUCCUAUCUGGUUAUGUCCCAGUUCCAGUCUUCCAGUAAUUCAAGCGCACUUUUCCUAACUGCUGCAGCUCAAAAUCUGUUAUGCCUUAAAUUAGCCGAGGAACUAGGGAUCCAUAUUGCAAGUCCAUGGUUGUCAUGGUUUGAGGCUGCAAGUUUACCUGCCAUAGCCUCUCUUCUGGUUACUCCAUAUAUUUUGUAUAAGAUCUUCCCUCCAGAAAUUAAGGAUACACCAGAUGCACCUGCUAUAGCAACAAAGAGACUGGAAGAAAUGGGACCUGCGACAAGGAAUGAGUGGGUGAUGAUCUGUACAAUGGUCUUUGCAGUUUCCUUAUGGGUCUUUGGGAAUUGUUUGUUUCAUAGAGAUGCUCUUGGCAUAUCAAGUGUUGUUGCAGCAAUGCUUGGCCUAUCCAUCCUUCUACUUUUUGGUGUUCUGAAUUGGGAUGAUUGUCUUAGUGAGAAGUCUGCAUGGGAUACCUUGGCUUGGUUUGCAGUACUGGUUGGAAUGGCUGAACAGCUUACAAAUCUUGGAAUUGUGACAUGGAUGUCAAAUUGUGUUGCGGAGUCUCUCCAGCAUUUCUCACUGAGCUGGCCUGCCGCCUUCUGCAUUCUUCAGGCAUCUUAUUUCUUCAUUCACUACCUAUUUGCAAGUCAGACUGCACAUGUUGGAGCCUUGUAUUCAGCAUUUCUUGCCAUGCACUUGGCAGCUGGUGUUCCUAGUGUAUUGGCAACACUUGCAUUGGCAUACAACACAAAUCUUUUUGGUGCAUUAACACAUUAUAGCAGUGGUCAGGCUGCUGUAUAUUUUGGAGUGGGUUACUUGGACCUUCCUGAUAUAUUUAGGCUGGGCUUUAUAACAGCUUUGAUCAAUGCUUUAAUAUGGGCUUCUGUUGGUACCUUUUGGUGGAAAUUUCUAGGGCUGUAUUGAAGCUGAUGGUGGUGUAAGUUGAGAGAAGUCUUCCAUUAAUGAUACUUAAAGAUCCUCAAGCUUAUUCUGGAACCAUUCUUAAUUUCCUAGUUUCUGCUAAAGAAGACUUUCAGAUGAAUUACAGAUGCAGUUACAAGUUUACAAAUUCUUGGGAUGCAGCUAAUAUUUCCAUCUAAGAUUAAGGGGAAAUGUAUUUUUACCCUGUAUCUUAAAGCAGGUGCUUUAAAUGUCAUACAUAAAAAAAUUCACAUGGUCGAUUCUCCUAUUUGUUCAUCAUGAUAAAUUGGAUUCGUCCAUUGAGUUAAAGAACAAAUCCACCAGCAGACACUGGAAGAUAGAUCUGUGCUGUUUUUAUUUUGGCAUAUCUGACAACAAAAAAAGGUUGAUAGGAUAAGAUCUUGAAACUGAAAGAAUACAUUAUGAAUAGCUUGGAAUAGAUGCAUAUGGCUUUGACUUGUUUGAGUUUUGUGGUACUUGGAACAAAUAUUGAGCACACACUGGGCUUGGUGCACAAGAUUUAAUGCACAGAUUCACUGAAACAUCUCCAGUCAUCAGGUCAUGAGUUUCCCAAGCUAUUUUACUCAGCUUUAGCAAUUCCUGAUUCUUCAUAACUUUUGUUGGUAUUGUGGCUAAUCAAGGGGUAUUUUGCAUGCCUUUUACUUGCAACUUAUCAUGGAACUUCCCAACUUCCACAUGCAUAGUACAAAAUUAAAACCUCAUGUAGUAAAUUUAUGCUGCCACAUCCCUUUUGUCCCCAUGUUCUGACCAAUCCCCAUAUCCCUUAGCUUUGGAGGACAAGAAACUGAGUCUAUACAUGUGGAAUCAAUCUUUAGAUGUAGAUUUAGAUUUGAUUUGGAGUGAAAUUAAUGUUGAAAAUUGCAAUUGGUUUGGUUUGAUUAGAUCAUAAAAAAUAAUGCAAUUUUCAGGACAUCUUCUGGAUCUAAAAUUGACAUCUAUCAUGAACACAAUGAAAAAUGGUGAAGUUGUAUUCAUCUCCAAAAUAAUGUAAUGAGUUGCAGAGUGUUUUAAAACAUUAUCCAAACUGUUAUUGUUAAAAUAAUACAUCAAAAUGGGUUUGCCUUGUUGCCUUGACAAAUAUUUCCACUCAGAGCAUCAUGCCAAAUAAAAAUGAAGCAUAUCUCUUACUGCAGCAGUUUCUUCUUUUAUCCCCUAAAAGAGAAUAAGAACUAAGUUGUUAUUUCAAGUUGAAAUUAUAACAGACAUUGUAGUACAAAAAAGAUUGGAACGUUGGAAUUUCUCUCCAUAGAAUCAGAUUUACAAGUUUUGGCAAUCUAAGUUAGUCAUUAGCCAUCAUGUUUCUUUUUCUAUGUACAUCAUAAUUCAUAAAAUACAAAAAAAAGGUUAAGAAAUCAGGAAUAUGCAGAACUUCAAGUCAUUUUGAGGAGGUAUAUCCUUUACCUUGUUAUCAUUUUGAGCUUUGUAAAUCAAUGAAGGAGAACGAACAACAAACACUGGAUGGAUAUAUUCAACAAGUCAUCUUCUUCUUCUGCCAAUCAGCAGCAGAAGAUCAAACUUGAACGAAGAAAAGCAGCAGCAGAUCUGCUUUCAGUGGUAGCCUUUUCUGUGGUUUUCAGCACCUACGCACUUUGGCAUUUACUUUAUGUGACCACGACACUGGGUUUGUGCUGAAAGGGGGAAAGGAAGAGAUAAUUCCAAGUCGCUCCCCAUCUUUUCAGGCUUCCUGGCCACAUGACACCACCACGCAGAACAAAUAGCUCCCACCUUUUCCUUUCCCCCACUCUGCCUCAGCUUUUGCUUUUCUGCGUGCAGGAUUCCAUUAGGUGGAGUGCUUCCAUGGGCUCUACCAGGAGACGAGGAGAAAAUACCAAGCCGUCGCUCUCCCACACCUGUAGUUGACAGGGGACGCCCUCGGUGGCUGCCUUUUGGUCUGUAGUUCCAAGUGCUGGGUUGCAAUCCAUGGCUUGUGUGCAGUGAGAGGACAUCUCGUUCUGCGCUGUGACCUUUGCUUGGAUUCCCUGCCAGCUCGGGUUGUGUAGGCCAGCAAAGGGAGGUGCAUCUUCCUUUCAUGUGGAGCGUCAUGUCCUCCUCCCCAGGCCAGAAGGAGAUUUUUGGAGGGAUUUGGCAUCCUAACUCAUGCAGGUUCUGAACAUGACCUCCCAUUUCCACGCUCGAGCUUUUGCAGCGCUUCAUGUUGUUUGUGAAGCUAACAAGAGAUUUCAAUCUGGAGAACCAUGAAGGACUGGGAUUGUCGAAUGGCUGCGGGUUAAGUCGAGGUUGCUCCGCUCCAAUGGAUUACUUGUCGGUCUCUUUUGAAAGCCAAAGCAUCCUUCACCAGUUGAUCGUCAAAUCUUCUCCAGACCUGCAGUUUCUGCUUUACGGUCUUCUCUAUUCCGUCCCACAGUAACAAUUUUGGUUAGCAAGUAUGAUGCAGCCGGUACACGUACUGUCGAAUGACGACUCAUUCCGAACAUAAUAAUCAUCGACUCACAGUUGGUUGAAGUCAGCGUACCUUGUCGUAAGCCAGAAUUUGGAACAAGAACAUGGAAGGAUGAUGCUGCGACUGGCUAAGGUUUCUGCAGGACAUAAUGGAUGUAUAACUCUGGCUACCACUAGAGCUCCAAUUGCAGCUCAUGAUUUUUGCACCGCAAGUCUGCAAAACAAGAACGAGUUGAUGUCAGUGGUCCACACGAUCAUGAAGCAGACACUUUGUAAAGUAAGCAGAGAACAGCUCAGGAGACCUGUUGACAUACUUGGUUCUUGUUUUGCAGGAUGCAAGAGCUUUUUGAGGGGAAAUAUCAACGUCUUGAGAAUGCAAGAGAUUAAAGUUCUUUAUCGGAAAGAAAGUAAGAGAUGGAGUGAGAGAGAAGACCUCGUAAAGUUAAAGGGAAUCCCUCACCUACAUAUCAGUGUAAGAAGACUUUAAACUCCACUGGUGAGUGAAACUUUAUUAUGGUUCUUUUUGUA